AUGGUACGCAUUGAGGGGACGACUGCCGAAGCGAUGGUUGUGCCCAGGCGAACUUCUUUCUCGAUUAGCAGCCUCAUCCACGGCGGGGAGGACGCCGAUGAGACGGCUCCCGCCACGGCGGCUGACGUCUCCCCGCCUCUCCCUUCGGAGUCUCCGCGGGACUUCAGCAGCCGCCGGACAUCCAGCGACGGCGGUGGAACCCCAUCGGAACCUGAGACGAAAACACCUGCCGCCUCUCCUGGCAAACCGAAGUCGAAAUCCGCAGACGACAAGAAAUCCUCGUUCGAAAAGCCCCCGUUCAGCUACAACGCCCUCAUCAUGAUGGCCAUCCGCCAGAGCCCGGAGAAGAGGCUGACACUGAAUGGAAUCUACGAGUUCAUCAUGAAAAAUUUCCCUUACUACCGCGAGAACAAACAGGGCUGGCAAAAUUCGAUCCGUCACAAUCUCAGCCUCAACAAGUGUUUUGUCAAGGUGCCUCGACACUACGACGACCCCGGUAAAGGCAACUACUGGAUGCUGGACCCCAGUUCGGACGAUGUCUUCAUCGGUGGUACCACAGGAAAGCUGAGACGGAGGACCACGGCAGCUUCUAGAAGUCGACUAGCAGCUUUCAAGAGAGCCGGGGCGCCGGUUUUUCACAAUCCUGCUUUCCACCCCCAUGACAAAGCUGCCCUGGGGUGGUCUUUGGCCGGUUAUAGUCCCUUUCACACGCCUGGUGGACUGUUGUCUUUCAAAUAUCCGUACUCUAAUCCUUUAGCUGCCAUGCAGACACCAAAACCAACAGGCUUUAGUGUAGACAGACUCUUAGGUGCUGAAACUGCAGGAAAUCUACACGCUCCCCUCUGGUCAAGCCUAGCAGCGUGCCCUACCAGUUGCAAUCCCCUUGCCCUAGGUCCCGCCCAAGGGUACUCCGCUAUGCCAGGUUGUGGCUACCUGUUCUCCUCCCUAGUUGCGGCACCAGGACAAGCCUUGUACGAUCUCCACGCCCUAAGGACAGUGACCGCGUUGAACUGUCAGGCCAAUCAGGCAAGAAAUGCCAGCCAGAGUUCCUCAGCCACAAAUACCGAAAAUGCCACCACAAUCUACAAACCUAUUCCUAUUAUGUCAAAACAAAGUUAGUACGAACAAACGCGCGUUUCGAAUAUGGUGACUUUUGAAGACUUGUGGUGUCGAAGUGAAAUCAAAUAACAUCUUGAUCGGUCAGUGAUGACAUCUAUAUUCGCUUGUGGCUAAUAACUUUUCAAGCACAUUCCUCAAGAUUUUUCCUAUUUACUUGUCACAGAUAUUUUUAGGACAUAUUCGUGCUUUGUGGCGUAUCAUGAUCUUCAAAGUCUCUACCUGUGAACCAUAAUUUAUGCAGCAAAACAAUCCCAGUGAAAGUGAGUCGUGUAAAUAACUCUUAUGUAAAUAGUAACUGUAAAUAUAUAAAUAUUAAUUAUAUAUAGAUGCAUAUAUAUUCUUCAAGGACAUGAACCUAAAAUACGGAGAAAUUUUCUUUCAACUGUACGAACUGUGAACGAUUCGUCGUUGAAAUAAAUGAUUGUGUUUUUGAAAUGUGUUCAGUGGAAGUUACUUCCUCAAAUUUCGUUCGUUUGCUGCACAUCAAUUUGCAGGUAACAAAUUCUUAUCUAAAAUUUAGGUGAAAAUGUAUUUUGUCUAAUAUUUUAAAACAUUUUUUUAAUUUUUUCUACGUUAAUACUUUUUUUAUAAUUCAUAAUUUGCUUGUCUUUGAACCUCUUGACAUACAAUAAUGUUUCGAAGACGUCAAAGAGCCUGUAAUGGUACAGGAAAUGAAAUGCAAUGACGUCUCCUAGACGUUAUUUCAUGCCAUUGGUCAAAUGUGAAAAGGUUAAAUUUUUACUUGUCAGUGAUAUUUAUAUUUCAUUAUUUUUUUUAAUUUAACCUCUUGACAUAUAAUGACGUAUGGGAAACAUCAAAAAGUCUGUAACGGCACAUAAGACGAAUCACGUCUUUGAAGCAUUGAGGUCAGUAAUGGCACAGAAAAUGGAUGACGCCAGUGUAUGCUAAGAGAUCAAAGCUAUUGUAAAGUUAUAACUCUCACUGAGUUUGUAAGAUUGUCCAACGGUUAAAAGGUACAUUUUUUUGUAAUUUAAUAUUUACAAUAACAAUCAACGUGAAAAAUUCACAAAAUCACUUCGAGUAGCAAUAGUUUUACAAUAGCACCAUUGACACGCAGUGACGUCAUUCAUUCUUUUCGCCAUUACAGACUCUUUGAUGUAUCCGAAACGCUAUUCAUUGUUUGUGCCAUUACAGACUCUUUGAUGUCUCUGAGACGUCAUUCAUUGCUCGUGCCAUUACAGAUUCUUUGAAAUCUCCCAUUGUCACUGUAAAUGGUUAAAGCUACUGCAAAGUUAUCAUAACCCGAUUGUAUUAUUAUGUCAAGUGGUUAAAAAAAAAUAAUCCAAAUCUUGUAUUUUAAUGUUUGCAAUGACAAUCAAUAGGAAUAACUGUGCUUAUUUCAAUCAUUUCAUGGUCCUUAACAAAGCAUUUUUUAAAUAAGUUUAAAUCACUUUUAAAAUUUUUUUUAAUGCUUCAGUACUUUUUGGAUAGUAUUUCUAAUUGUUGCUGUUACCUGCAAGUACUUUUUGUGUCAGC